UCACCAUUCCACAUAGAAAGUAAAGAGAGAGAGAGAAAUGGGAUCCCUUCCACCUAAGGUAGUUGAAGAUUGCCUAGGAAUUGUACAAGUGUUUAGCGACGGCUCCAUUUCCCGUUCCGAAUUCGUCAAAUUCCCCAUGGAAGUGGAGGACGACGGCACCGCCCUCUGGAAAGACUGCUUAUACGACAACCAAAACAACCUCCACCUCCGCCUCUACAAGCCCCGCUCCGCCACCUCCUCCGCCCCCCUCCCCGUCCUCCUCUUCCUCCACGGAGGCGGCUUCUGCGUCGGCUCCCGCACCUGGCCCAACUGCCACAGCUGCUGCCUCCGCCUCGCCUCCGCCCUGCACGCCCUCGUCGUCGCCCCGGACUACCGCCUCGCCCCGGAGCACCGCCUCCCCGCCGCCGCGGAGGACGCGCGCGCCUCCCUCGAGUGGCUGCAGCAACAGGCUCUGAUGCCGUCCGCCGCCGCCGACGAGUGGCUGCGGGAGGGGAUUGAUUUCGGGAGGGUUUUCGUGGUGGGCGAUUCCUCCGGCGGGAACCUGGCGCACCAUCUGGCGGUGGAGCUCCGCCCUGGAUCGCCUGGAUUGGCCCCGGUUAGGGUGCGGGGAUACGUGCUGAUGGCGCCGUUCUUCGGCGGGGUUGUUAGGACUAAAUCGGAAGCGGAAGGGCCGCCGGAAAAAUACUUGAAUUUGGAAAUUCUCGACAGGUUCUGGAGGCUGUCAAUUCCAAGUGGGGAAACAUUAGACCACCCAUUUGCAAACCCUUUUGGACCUUCAAGCCCAAGAUUGGAUUGCAUUAAACUUGACCCAAUGUUGGUGUUGGUUGGAGGGAGUGAAGUGAUGAGAGACAGAAUUGAUGAUUAUUCCAAAAGGCUGAAAGAGAUGGGAAAAGAAGUUGAUUAUGUUGAAUAUAAAGGUGAACAACACGGUUUCUUUGUCAAUCAACCUUUCUCACAAGUUGCUUACAAAGUUCUAGAAGAAAUCAAGCGUUUUAUUACCAAAAACUCCCUUUGAAAAGUAUUUUGCUUUCAGACUCCACCUUAAAAGUACUAUGAAGUUGGUCGUGUAUCCAGAUUUUGUCACUAAAGUUUGUAAUUUAGAAUAAACAGUUUGAAUCUUGUAUCUCUGCACAUGUUCAUAGUUCAUGAUCAUGAAAUUACAUUAUAUAGUUAUGUACUUAUGUAAUAAGAUGUCGUGUAUUAUAUGAUUCAAAUUGGAGGUGUAAAAUUAGUUUCCUUA